UUAUGAUAAAAUUACAAACACAAUUACAUAAAAAAACUAAGGGGUUUUUAAUUUUAAAAAAAAUUCCCCAAUAUAUUUAAAUGGUGUAAAAAAAAUAAAAAAAUCAAUAUAUUAAGUAUGAGAAAUAACGGCAAUAUUAAUUAUAUUUCAAAAUUCAAAAACAUAAAGAUUUCAUUGCGCGAAAAAACACGAGCACACACCAAAAAAGAAAAUAUUUAAAGUAAAAAAAUAAUCAAAAUUAAAAAAAAAUUUCAUUCAAAAUAAGAAAUUAAAAAAUGGAUUUAAUAUCAAAAAUUUUGUCUUCAAUCAACAUUUUUUUCAAACUAAAUUUCUUCAAUCAACAUUAAUAUCGUAAAAAAUAAAUUGGAUAUUCAACUACUUAUAUAUAUAUAUAUAUAUAUAAAUAAAGAGAGAAAGGAGCAGGAGCAAAAGUAAAAUCAUCUUCGAUGAUAAAAUUAUACGAAAUAACUAUAAAAAAUAAAUAAAAACAAAUUCAAAAUCAAAAUAAAAUAAAACUAAAAAAAAACACUACCAAGAUGGUAACACAAUUUUUUAUAACAAGAGUAGAAGAGCAGAGAGCAGAAAAAAAGAAGAGAUAUAAAAUGAAAAAACAAAAAAAAACAUGAAGAAGAAUUAUUUGAAAAAAUUGUUGAUGUGUGUGUGUGAUCAUUAAUUAAAAAUAAUUAAAACUUAUUAAUAAAAUUAAAAAUGAUUAAAUAUAAAUAAACAAAAUGCUAAAUAGAUGAUUAAAAAUUAAAAUUUUCUAUUAAAAUUAAUAAAAACAAAAGAAUAUGCAAAUUAAAUAAAUAAUAAAAAUAUUUAAUUUUGAAUUUUCAAAUAUCAAAAUACAAGAGAAAGGAAUAUAGAAAUAAAGAGAGGGAUAGAGAAAGAGAGCUUUUUAAUUCUAAAUAAAAAUAAAUCAACAAUACGAGUAUAAAUUAAAAAUUUAUAGAACAUGAUUUUUUUUUUUAUUGAAGAGAGGAAAAAAACAAAUUCUUUAUAUUUAUAAAAAAAAAAUAUUUUUUUUUUUUAAUAUUUAUUAAAAAGAGAACAGCAAUAUGCAGUUUUAUUUAAAAUUAACAAAUAAAUUUCUUAAAAAUGAAAAAACGAAAAAUAUUAUAAAAAAUAAGAGAUAAGAAAACGAAAUCAAAAUCCAAAAAAAAAAAACAAACAAAAAAUAAUAUUAUUUUUUGAAUUAUUUUUGAUUCAAUAUGAAACAUAACGAUAUAUCAAUAAGUACUAGUCAUAAUUCACAUACUGGAUCAUCUGGUGAUGAUUUAGGCAGCACUGAUGAAGUUAAAAUAUUUAAAGAUGAAGGUGAUCGUGAAGAUGAAAAAAUUUCAUCCGAAAAUUUAUUAGAAGAAAAAUCUAGUUUGAUAGAUUUAACUGAAAGUGAGGAGAAAAGUGGGAAACUUUCAUCAAGAUCGGAACCUAGUCCUGUUUUUGGUAAAGUUGAAUCUCAUGCGUCUAGUUUUAAUAUGGGUUACUUAGUUUCUCCUUAUUCUUACACAAAUGGGGCGGCAGGAGGUUUACCGGUUUCAAUGGCAAACAAAAUGGGUUUGUCACCGUUUUUUUGUCAUAAUGGUGAUCCUUUAACGACACCUCCACCUGCACACUGUGGAAUACCUCCUUAUCAGCUGGAUCCUAAAACAAUGGGUAUUACAAGGCCAGCGAUUUAUCCUUUUCCAGCUAGUCAGUAUCCUUAUCCAAUGUUAAGUCCCGAUAUGUCACAGGUGGCAUCCUGGCAUACGCCAUCUGUGUAUUCAGCGUCUAGGUUUAGUAAUCCGUAUCCUUCUUCAUUACCAAUUAAUACAAGUGAUUUUUCGUUUCGUUUUUCACCCAAUAUAUUGCCUUCAGUACAUACAUCUCCUCAUCAUGUUCUUAAUUCGCAUCCGGCGAUAGUGACGCCUGGUCCGAAACAGGAUAUUAGUGGUCAAGAAUCAAAUCAUCGAUACGGCCGAAGUUUAGAUCAAAAAAACUCACCGAAUAUUCAAGCUAAUGAUAGUAAAGAUAAUAAUAAUGAAAAAAAUAAAAAACCACAUAUCAAAAAACCAUUAAAUGCAUUUAUGCUGUAUAUGAAAGAGAUGAGAGCGAAAGUUGUUGCAGAAUGUACACUUAAAGAAUCAGCAGCUAUUAAUCAAAUAUUAGGAAGACGGUGGCAUGAACUGACGCGAGAAGAACAAAGUAAAUAUUAUGAAAAAGCAAGACAAGAAAGACAAUUACAUAUGGAAUUAUAUCCUGGCUGGAGUGCAAGAGACAACUAUGGUUAUGUUUCAAAAAAGAAGAAACGUAAAAAAGAAAGAGCCGCCGCUGAUACGGGAGCAGGAAACAAUAUGAAAAAAUGCCGGGCUAGAUUUGGUUUAGAUCAACAAAAUCAAUGGUGUAAACCUUGCAGUCCUGGAUUACCCGCCGUAUUAACAUCGGUUGUGCCUGGUAAUGGAGGUGGUGUUACCGCUGGUAUUGGUAGUAUUGGUGGUUUAACUGGUUCCGGUGGUAUUAUUGGUGGUUGUGCUACCGGUUCUAUACAUCUACCAAAUUCAUCAUCGUCUUCGUCAUCAUCAACAUCAUCGACAAAUCAUUUACAAAAUUUAGGGGGAGGUGGUGGUGGUGGCGGUAGUAGUGGUGGUGGUAGUGGUCUUGGUUCAAAUACAAAUCCCGCUACUGGAGCAGGUGGUGGUGGCGGUGGAAGUGGAAGUAGUGGCGGUGGUGGUGGGGGUGGUGGUUUAAAUUCUCAACAAAAUCAAGGAUCUAAUUUACCUCAACAACCAUCACCACAGACGCCAACAUAUGUGAAUUUAAAUAUGCAGUAUUUAUCAAAUUAAUGAUAAUAUUAAAAAAAAAAAAAAAAAGAAAAAAAACUAUAUUUACAUAAUGUAAACGUAUAUGUAUAUAAAUAUAUGUAUAUAUUAUAUACAUGAAUAUAAUAAGAAAAAACACAAACAAUAAAUAAUUUGAAAAAUUAAAAUAAUUAGUUAAAAAAGAAAAAUAUAGUGAUUAUAUACCUAAUAAAAAAACAAAAAGAAAAAUUAAACAAACAUAGAAUAAAAAAAUUAACAAAAAAAAAAUAAAUAUGUUCUGUUAUACAAAAAUUAUUACAUUUUUGUGUAAUACAAUACAAUAUACAAAAAAAAAAUAAUUAAAUAUAUUUUAAAAAUACAAUAAAACAUAAUAAAUAAACAAAACAAAAAUGAACUCGAAUUAAAAUAAAAAUUAAUGUGUGUGUUUAAUACAACAUUAAGGAAAACAGAAAUAAAGAACUAAACAGAAGCACACAAAUCAUUAGAAUUUUCUAUUUUUUCUUGUUUCUUGCUCAAAAUAUUUUUAUUAAUGGAAACAAAAAACACAAUGAACCAAAUCUUAAGCAGUAUAACCAAAAAAAAUUAAUUUUUUAUUAUAUAUAUAUAUAUAUAUAUAUUAUAUAUAUACAUACAUACAAAUAUAACAUAAUAAAUUAGUUAAAAAUAUAAUGAAAUUAGAGUUAAAAAUUAAAUAAAAGAAAAUAUUACAUCAACUUUACAAUCAACACACAAGAAAUUUACAUAUAAUACAUACAUGUGUACAUAUAUACAAAAUAUAAUCGUUAAAUACACUUAUAUUAU